AUGGGAUACUCCCCCUCUGAAUCUCUGGCCAUCGCCAACAGACUUAAUUGCCGACUGGGCUCCUUCCCCACCACCUACCUGGGAAUGCCCAUUAGUGAUUCUCGGCUCUCCGUCACGGACUUGCGCCCCUCCAUGGCCAAGCUCCAAAUGCGAUGCGAGCCCUGGCAGGGGAGGUGGCUGUCCAAGGCGGCCCAGACUAUUCUCAUCAACUCCUCCCUCUCCAGCCUCCUCUUGUUUCUUAUGAGCUUCUACAGCCUCCACGAGUCUCUCCACAAGGAGAUCGCCAAGGUUCAGUCCCGCUUUUACUGGGCUGGCGACAAUGACAGGCAGAAGUACCAUAUGGUCACGGUGGCCUCUGGCUUGACAUUAUCCGGAACAAAUACCAUGCGCGGACAACCCCUCGCCUUCUGCCAAAAAUCUGGCGGUUCUCAGUUCUGGCAGUCUAUUGUCCAGCUUCUCCUGGUCCUCCGCAUCGGGACCUCCAUCUCAGUGGGAUCCGGAAUUUUGACGCUCUUCUGGUUUGAUCGCUGGGCCGGGGACACUCCCUUUGCAGCCCGCUUCUCCGGCCUCUUCUCUAUCUCCGUCCAUCCCGUGAUUUCUGUUGAUAGGGCCCUUCUUGACUUAGGUCGCCUUGCUUUCCGACGGCCUUUUGGUCCCUUGGAAUAUGCCGCCUCGCGUGAGUUGCUUGACUGUGUUGCUCUCCAUGAGCCAAUGGUGGAUGGUGGCCCGGACCUGGUGCGCUGGCGCCUUGAGCCGUUGGGUCAAUUCUCCACCAAGUCGCUAUACCUGGCCAUUGCCCCAUCUUCCUCCCCCCUUCCCCUCUCGAUGGUGUGGUCCAUCCGCGUACCCCUGAAGAUUCGUAUCUUCAUGUGGCAAUGGAUUCGUCGUCAGGUCCCGUCCGAGGUGGAGGUUCGCAAGCGAAAUGGCCUGGGUUGGGGUUUCCAGGGUUUUGGGGAUUUCAUGGAUUUUGGUUCCAGAUCUGAGGCAUGGAGAAGAGCAGCAAGAGCAACAAUUACUAGGAGGAUGAGUAUGCACAAGAGCAGCAGCACAAUUCAGUUGGAGAAGAGCAGCAACAACAUUCAGAGGAGCAGCAGGUUCAUGCAAAUGCAGAGGAGCAGCAACAAUAUAAGGACAUCUAAAUUAAUAGUUAGUAGAGGAAAAUCAAGUGUAGUUGAGGAGGAAGUAAAUAGUGGCAGUGAUUUAUCUGAUAGUGACUAUGCUAUUCUCCCUUCAGAAAGCAACAGCUCAGCAUCUGAUGAUGAGGUCUUGGAGAUGAGAAAAUAUGCAAAAGAAUUGAAGGAUAAAGUGAGAAAGAACAUGUUGAGAGAAGACGAGGGCAAAACAUGCAAUGUGUCUGAUGAUUUUAUUGUGCCUGAAAACUGUUGGCUAGAUGAUUCAGAUGGAGAAGGUACACCAUACUUUGAAAGUGAUGACGAUAUGCCAUAUGAUGAAGGCAGUGAUGGAGAUGUAAAUGAAGUGAGAAGGAGGAAGACCACUAUCAGAGUUUAUGAUGACAGUAAAGAGAAACUAGAGUUUGCUGUAGGCAUGGCCUUUACUGAUAGCAAGGAAUUCAAGCAAGCAUUGGUUAAGUAUGGGCUAGCAAAUUUCCACCAUUUAAGAUUUCCAAAAGAUGAAAAGAAAAGGGAGGCAGUACUUGAGGAUCUUCUAGCUGAUGUUAGUCUUUCCAAGUGCAAGAGAGCGAAGAAGCUAGUCAUGGAAAAGCUCACCGAUUUGACAAAUGGUGAGUAUUUUCGAAGAAGAGGAACCAAGGAUCUGCCAUUAGCGCUGCUACAAAGCAUCACAAAUGAUUUUUCUGAAGACAGAAAAAUUGGUCAGGGUGGAUUUGGAGAGGUUUACAAAGGUUUGCUCCAAAAUGGGAUUGUUGUUGCUGUGAAGAGGAUUUAUGUGAACGUACACACAAUUGAUGACAAACUAUUUCGCUGUGAGUUUAAUAGCCUGAGAAAGAUUAAUCAUCAAAAUGUAGUCCGGUUUCUUGGCUUUUGUUCUAAUACACAUCAAACAUCAAUAGAAGAGGCUGGGUCAGAUGAAAUUAACUUGGCCAAUGUAAGAGAAAGAUUGCUCUGUUUCGAGUACAUCAGCAAUGGAAGUCUUGAUAAACAUAUUACUGAUGAAUUAAGGGGACUUGAAUGGGAAACACGUUAUGACAUACUCACUGGAAUUUGCAAGGAUUUUGGUUUGUCAAGGCCAAGUAAAAACUCACAUACUAUGGGUCAACGGUUUGGAACACGAGGAUAUCUCGCGCCGGAAUACGCGAACAAUGGCAAGACUUCAUUCAAAUCUGAUAUAUAUAGUUUGGGUGCAAUCGUCAUUGAAUUAGUAACAGGGUGUAUGAGCACCCCUGAUGAAAAUAAUAUACUUCGGAGGUGGAGACACAGGUGGAAUAAGCCACCGACGUUACUACAAUACCACCAAGUAAUUAGAUGCAUCAACAUAGCAUUACGCUGCAGGGAACAACAUCUGGAAGCUAGACCUUCCAUAUUGGAGAUAAUUAGCUAUCUAAGUGAAUCUGGAAGUACAAAUGUGCACACUAACCAGACAAGCCCUCUUUACAAUGAAGAUGACAUGCUUGGGAUUAAGCCACUAGAACUACGGCUUUGUUCUGAGCUUAAUGUGAUAUCAUGCUCGCUUGAGCUAAUGAAUAAUACAAAUAAUCGCAUUGCCUUCAACAUCCAACCAUCAAGCCCACGAAGGUACAGUGCACAGCCAGACAAAGGCAUUGUGAGACCACAAUCCAUGCAUGGUGUGAAGAUAAUGGUGCUACAACACUCUGCUGGCAAGUUCAUCGUGAAGAACAUGAAAGUGAGUGAGGGUCUUGGGGAUGAGGAUAUCACAGAACACAUGUUCGAAAAGGCCGGUAAAGUUAUUGAUGAAGUGAAUAUGAUGGUUGUAUAUGAGCCUAUGAAGCCCCAUCAAAACUGCAAGAGUAGAGAAGAUACCAACAUGCUAGUUGAGGAAGUCCCCGGGGUGGAAAAGAGAAAGAUUCUUGAGAUUGCUUCCGGAAAAGUCAAACCUCGUAGCGGUGAAAAUGCAGAAGGUGCUUAUACGGACAUCAAUUCAAGCGUCCAAGGACAACGUAUCAAGCAAACGGAUCUGUGCAGUUUCUACCCACCACAAAGCAGCUUUCCACACCAUUCUCUGGCUUACCUGUUGAUGCCGCUGCUGGACAGUGUGGCGGCCAAGGCCAGCGACACGUUGGCCCGUCGGAAACUCGAGCGCCACCUGGCCGCCCUCCAGUACAUCCUGCUGGACGCCGAGGCCAAGAGCCGCGUCAAUCCCGCCAUCCGCCGGUGGAUGACGGACCUCAAGACCGCCGCAUACCAAGCCGAUGACGUCCUCGACGACUUCCACUAUGAGGCGCUGCGCCUCCGUGCGAAAGCCCAGAUCCGCCCCCGCUCCACCGCACGCAAGGUGCUGAUCUACUUCACUGUCAAUAGCCCAGUUGUUUUUCGUCUCGCCAUGAGCAGGAAAAUAAAGGAUGCUCUUGAAAUGAUAAAUGAACUGGUUGUGGAGAUGAACAAGUUUCACUUCCUACAACAUGCCGAGGCACCAAGCAUUGAUCAUCCCCAAACACACUCCCGAGUUAAUGAAUCGGAGAUUGUGGGAAGACAAGAUGAGAAGGACCUAGUGAGAGUGGUGCGUUGUUUUGAUUUGGUCUUAUGGGUCUGUGUCUCUGAGAAGUUCGUUCUCAAAGAAAUAAUCCGCUCUAUAAUACAAGGGGCCACACUGAAUAAGUGUGAUUUGACCGAGAUGGAGGCACUGCAGAGGAAAAUUGGUGAAGUGUUGGGCAAGAGAAGGUACCUGCUAGUUCUAGAUGAUGUUUGGAAUGAAGAUGAACAGAAGUGGGAUGAUAUGAGAUCAUUGCUAUGCUCACAUGCUGGUUCAGGUAGUGUUAUAAUUGUGACAAGCCGGAGCGAUAAAGUUGCCUCUAUCAUGGGCACACUUCCUGCGCAUCAGAUAUCACUUCUAAAUCAAGAUAAAUCAUGGGAGCUUUUUCACAGAAACACAUUUGGAGGGGAAGUGCAAAACCAGGAGGAAUUCAUUUCAAUGGCGAAGAGGAUAGUCCACAAGUGUAAAGGGUUGCCUCUUGCUAUCAAGACCAUGGCAGCUUUACUCCGUUCGAAGCAUCACAGUGAAUGGUUUUCUGUUCUGGAAAGUGGUGUUUGGAAAAAUGACAUCCUGGCAACUGGGAUUGUACCUGCACUGCAGCUAAGCUAUGAACACUUGUCAUCACAAGAAAAAAUAUGCUUUUCCUUCUGUGCUAUUUUCCCCAAGGAUAGCCCGAUGGAUAAAGACAUGUUAAUUCUGCUAUGGAUGGCAAAUGACUUUAUUGAAUCAGAAAUAAGAGGCCAACAAAUUUUUGAUGUGCUAGUUUGGAGAUGUUUCCUAGAAGAGGUAGAAAUUCAAAAGAAUCUGCUCUGUGUAGUUCAAGAUAAGUUCAUCCAUCGACCAAGUACUUGCAAGAUGCAUGAUCUUAUGCAUGAUCUUGCUGACUCCAUAACUGCAAAUGAUAUCUCUAUUUUGCAAGGAUCCACUGAUGCUAGUUCAAUGCAACAUGAGGUUGGGCAUCUGUCACUUGGUUAUGUCAGUAAUGAUACUAUUGCAGCGAUGAAGGAAAUUUUAGCUCCCCGACCCCGCACUUUAUUAGUCCAAAAGGAGUGGGGGUGGAAUGGGACUCCUCUAAGUAUGUCCAAGCUGAAAUUCAUGUCCUUGCGAGCAUUGAAGACAUUCUCAAUCAUAACUCAUAUGGAAAAUUUGAAGCAUCUUCGCUAUCUAGAUUGUUCUUAUUCUAAUAUAUCUGUACUGCCUGAAGCCACUGCCACGUUGUAUAGCUUGCAAACAUUGAAGCUUAUGUGUUGUCGAUUUCUGAAGAAGUUGCCAAAAGGCAUGAGAUAUAUGAGCAGUCUUCAGCACAUCUUCCUCGUUGGGUGUCCUUGUUUGAAGCACAUGCCAGAAGGUCGUGGAAUUGAUCAACUGAAAGAUUUGAAUCUUGGUGGUGCUCUUUCUUUGACUGAGCUGAGAAAAGUGCAUAGCGCAGAAAAUGCUAAAAAGGGAAAUAUGUCUGCCAAGCAUAACUUGAAGCGAUUGUUACUCGAUUGGGAAAAUGGACCUUAUAGCACACAUGUUGGAUGUGAAGUAGAUGCUAAUGCAGAAGGAAUAUUAGAGGCCCUUCGUCCUCACAAAAGGCUUGAAGUUUUGUUGUUAUCAAAUUAUAAUGGGGCUAAAUUGCCGCAAUGGAUGCACAACUCUACACUACUAGAGCAUCUCAGUGAACUUCGUCUGAGUAACUGCAAGAACUAUAAGGAUCUUCCACCAUUAUGGCAGUUGCCCUCUCUUGGAUACUUGUGUCUGGAUAGUUUGGAUAGCUUGAUAAUUAUAUGUGUUCGCAAUGAUGAUACAAACAUUGGGCAGUAUAGUAUUUCUCCACCACCCUUCUUUCCAAAAUUGGAAACCAUGAUAAUUUGCAAGAUGCCUAGGCUAGAGAGAUUUCACCAGGAGGUGGCCGGACAAGUAGCUGCUGUAUUCCCUCAGCUCAAGAAGAUAAAUAUUUCUCGAUGCCCAAUGCUAGCAAGCAUGCCCAAUAUGCUUCCUUUGCUUAAAGAUCUACAGGUGGAGGAGGCAAGGGACAUUCUCCUUUACCAUGUGAUGAAUGUGUGUGUGCAAUCUAAUCUUGAGUGUAAAGGCUGCAUAGUAGUGGAACCUACUGGUUGGCUGCCUAUGGACUUUCAUUUCUCGAUGCAUGGCGACUCAGGCGUGACACUAAAACUCAGGCGUUUCACGGAAAGUGUAGACUUAACUGGUUCACUUCCAUCAACAAUAUGUGGUGACGAAAUUGUCCUGCUUCCUCGGCUCAAGGAUCUUGAAAUUUCCUUCUGUGAAAAUUUGGUUGAGGUACCAAAGUUGCCUACAUCUCUUGAAAAAUUGUACAUCAAUUGUUGUCCAAAGCUAGUUUCCAUGCCAACAACUCUUGGGGAUGUCAGAAAAUUGAGAGAGCUCUCUGUGGUUGCGUGUGAUGCCCUUACCACAUUUCCAGAUGGAACGUAUGGAGUCACUGCGCUCAAACAGCUCCAGAUAAAGAAGUGCCCAAGGUUAGAGACACUACCAGAGGGGAUCCUCCAACAACUCCCAGCCCUCGAGAAACUAUGUAUAACAGAAUGCCCAAACUUGGAGGCAGACUUCUCAAGUGGGGGUGCUUACUAG